AUGAGUUGCAUGAGUAACAUCAAAACGCCUCCAGAGGUGUUGGGCAUUCCAUUACCUUGGAACUUCCUUCCAUCGAAAGAUGAUGACAAGUUUGUCUUCCAUAACUGGGUAGCCAGUGACUGCUUGGGAGACGAAAGUUGCCUACUUGAUCUUUAUCUUCUGCUCCCUGGUGGUCAGUUGGGGCUCUUGGAGUCAGCUAGGAUUGUGUUGAUCUGUAUGACCUUUUUUUGUGGAGGCUCAUUGGCAACUGCGUCACAAUCCUUGAUUUGGUGGACAGGUCCCCUUACGAUGAACUCCAUGCAAUGGCCGUCACUGACUAGCUAUUCGAAAUGCCUUUUUCAGGUGAAGCAAUCAUUUGUUUAA